UUAUUUGGUUACAGUUAAAAUGUCCAAAGCGGUGAAACAGUUCCCCGUCGAGAAGGAGUACCUCAAGAACCCCGACAUAUCGCCGGAAGACGUUCAGAAGUUACGGGAAUGGCUGAAGACGCAACCACAUCUGCCAGAAAAGUACCUCGACGACCUGGACCUCCUGGUGACGUACCACUGCUGCGAGAACAGCGCAGAAGUAGCCAAGCAGGUGCUGGACCUGCACUUCACGCUCCGCACUCUCUUCACGCCCUACUUCAAGGACCGCUGCUUUGACAAGAAGGCCGAAUACACCUUGGAGACUGUGGUAUUUGCCCCCCUCUCCAUGCCGCUGGUGCGCGGCUACCGCGGCUUCUACGCGCGCCUGAUCGACCCUGACCCCCGUCACUUUAAUUUCGUGGAUGUCGUGCGCACAUUCAUGAUGGUCUUCGAUCUGUGGCAGUACGAAGAGGGGACUUGGCCAGGAUUCGAGCUGAUUGUAGAUUUGGAUACGGCAGUAGCCGGUCAUCUUGCGAGAGUGGAAAUUAUGGCAAUUCGUCAAGUACUAUACUUUCUGCAGGAAUGCAUGUUGGUAAAGCUAAAAGCGGUGCACUUCCUGAACGCGCCUGGCUGGAUGGACAAGCUGAUGAUGAUGCUGAAGCCCUUCCUCAAGAAGGACUUGCUAGAGCUGAUCUGCAUCCACCAGCGAGGGUCCGACAGCGUCUACAAGUACAUCCCGAAGGCAGCGCUGCCGAAGGGAUCAGGGGGGGGUUAUAAGGACUUUGAAACUAUUAAAGAGGAGACCUUUGAGCUACUCCAGAGCAACCGAGACUUUUUCCGCGAUGAGAACCGGCGACGAGUGAAUGAGGCACUCCGGAAGGGCAAGAAGACCACCGUCGAAGACCUGUUCGGUAUCCAGGGCAGCUUCAAGAAACUAGAUAUAGAUUAAGUGUGGGAAUAUAGGCUUUUAGGUUA